AUGGGGUGCUGGGGUCGGAACCGAGGCCGGCUGCUGUGCAUGCUGGCGCUGACCUUCAUGUUCAUGGUGCUGGAGGUGGUGGUGAGCCGGGUGACCGCGUCGCUGGCCAUGCUCUCCGACUCCUUCCACAUGCUGUCGGACGUGCUGGCGCUCGUGGUGGCGCUGGUGGCCGAGCGCUUCUCCCACAGGACCCACGCCACCCAGAAGAACACGUUCGGCUGGAUCCGCGCCGAGGUGAUGGGGGCCCUGGUGAACGCCAUCUUCCUGACCGGCCUCUGCUUCGCCAUCCUGCUCGAGGCCAUCGAGCGCUUCAUCGAGCCGCACGAGAUGCAACAGCCGCUCGUGGUGCUGGGCGUCGGCGUGGCCGGGCUGCUGGUCAACGUGCUGGGGCUGUGCCUCUUCCACCACCACAGCGGCAUCGGCCAGGACGCGGGCCACGGCCACUCGCACGGCGGCCGCGCCAAGAGCAAUUCAGAAAAAUCCAGAAAUGAUACAGUGGAUGUACAAGUGAAUGGAAAUCUUAUCAAAGAAGCUGACCAUAUGGAAUUGGAAGAAGAAAAUUCUGGGCAACUUAACAUGCGUGGAGUUUUUCUGCAUGUCUUUGGCGAUGCCCUUGGUUCUGUGAUUGUAGUAGUAAAUGCCUUGGUCUUCUAUUUUUCUUGGAAAGGUUGUCCUGAAAGGGAGUUCUGUAUGAACCCAUGUACCCCUGAACCCUGCAAAGCAUUUGUAGAAGUAAUUAACAGUACUCAUGCACCAGUUAAUGAGGCUGGUCCUUGUUGGGUUCUCUAUUUAGAUCCAACUCUUUGUAUUGUAAUGGUCUGUAUACUACUUUACACAACUUAUCCAUUACUGAAGGAAUCUGCUCUUAUUCUUCUACAAACUGUUCCUAAACAAAUUGAUAUCAAACAUUUGAUAAAAGAACUUCAAAAUGUUGAAGGAGUUGAGGAAGUUCAUGAGUUACAUGUUUGGCAACUUGCUGGAAGCAGAAUCAUUGCUACUGCUCACAUAAAAUGUGAAGACCCAACAUCGUACAUGCAAGUUGCUAAAAUCCUUAAAGAUGUUUUUCAUAAUCACGGAAUCCAUGCCACCACUAUCCAGCCUGAAUUUACUACUGUGGGCUCUAAAUCAGGUGUAGUCCCCUGUGAACUUGCGUGCAGAACUCAGUGUGCUUUGAAGCAGUGUUGUGGGACCCCCCAAGCCCUUUCUGGAAAGGAUGCAGAGAAGACUCCAACAGUUAGCAUUUCUUGUUUAGAACUUAGUGACAAUCUAGAGAAGAAGCCUCAGAGGACUAAAGACAACAACGUUCCUGCUGUUGUGGUAGAGAUUGAAAAAAUGCCAACCGGCCAACCUGAAUCGUCUUUGUAA